AUGAGAAGUAAAACCAGCAUGGAUUCCAGCUCCAGUUCUGGUGGAAGCCGCCGCAAAGCAGCCGCUAAGCAGAAGCCGCCGCCUAGACUUGAGCGCCGGAACGCCAAUAAAAACAUCAAUUACGAGUUAUGUCCCUCUUCGCCCUCAUCAUCGACUUCAUCGUACUACUCAUCGGAGGACUCUUCGCUGCGUACUCGGUCGCUUGAAUUGUACAGUGACAAGAAGAGCUUUCGCAUCAACGGGAUUGAUGGUGAAAUUGAAAUUAUCUGCAAUGCGUUGGGGGUUUCUGGAAUAGAUGAUUUGGGGUUAUCACCGGCGGAAUAUGAGAGCAGGAAGGUCCGAUCCUCUUCUGCUCCUCUUAUAUUUAAUCGGAAAAUUAAAUUUGAUACCAGUAAUAUUGAUGAUGGAAUUACUGACGAUGUUGGUAGUAGGAUAAGUGACGCAGUUAUUAGUGAGAAAAAUGAGAGUUUUAGUGGCAACUCUCGAGUCAGAGGUGGCGUCGAAGAAUUAGCAGCGAGGUUAGGAGAUAGUGCAAUGGUAGGUAAUGAAAUUUCGAGUGAAAAUGUAAGUAGUGUAUUGAAUGAAUUUCGUGGAAAUGGUAUUAAGGGUGUGCGGCCACCCGUUCUGUCGCCAGUGCCUGCACUGACAUUGCUGGUGAUAGAAAACACAUGCUCAACUCGGGAGUUGCCCUUCGAAGGUGAAAGAGUUUCUGAGUUCUUGGUUAGUUUGGAGGAAGGUAAAGAUGAGCAGAGGGGUAGGAGGAAUGAGGAGCAAGAGGAAGAUGGAGAGGAGGAUAAUAUGAGAAGUAUAGUUAUGAGAAGGGAGAAUGGCAUGCUAUCAGUGUCGCCUUCCUUUACAACUUCGAACGAUGAUGAUUCUUCAAGUACUAUGACGGAGCCCACAUCUAAUAUUUCACCCAACGGGAGAUUUAGAUGCUUUAUUAUGGAUUGGCAGAAGGGUGAGCUCUUGGGUCGUGGAUCAUUCGGAUCUGUGUAUGAAGGAAUUUCUGACCGUGGAAUCUUUUUUGCUGUCAAGGAAGUUUCUUUGCUUGAUCAAGGGGAGGAGGGAAAGCAAAGUAUCGUCCAACUUGAGCAGGAAAUUGAUCUUCUCAGUCAGUUUAAACAUGAAAAUAUAGUCCAGUAUUAUGGUGCUACAAAGGAUGAAUCAAAUCUUUAUAUCUUUCUCGAGCUUGUUACUAAAGGCUCCCUUUUGAGCCUUUACCAGAAGUAUAACCUUCAAGAUUCCCAGGUCUCUUUUUAUACCAGACAGAUUUUACAUGGUUUGAAAUAUCUGCAUGACAAAGAUGUGGUACACAGAGAUAUCAAGUGCGCAAAUAUAUUGGUGGAUGCAAAUGGAUCAGUCAAACUUGCAGAUUUCGGCCUUGCAAAGGCUACAAAAUUAAAUGAUGUGAAAUCUUGCAAGGGAACUGCGUUCUGGAUGGCUCCUGAGGUUGUUAGGAGCCGGGGAUAUGGGCAUGCAGCAGAUAUAUGGAGCCUUGGGUGCACUGUCCUAGAGAUGCUAACACGGCGUUUUCCUUACUUCAAUCUGGAAUGUAUGCCCGCAUUAUUUAGGAUCGGAAGGGCGAACGCUUCCAUCAUCUUGAGGCUCAGCAUCUCCUCACAAUAUUGGGCUGUGGAUUCAAGAAAUAAGUUUUCAAGCUCUGGUCUUUUAAAUUUUCAAUUUUCUGGGACUCUAUUCUCAAGAUUGCAGAUUGUUGGUGAACAAGAUAUCGGUUUCCAUUCAACAUUUGGAAACUUUUUGGAUUAUUUCAGACUGCACAAGGAAUUGCUUUGA